AUGUAUUAUUAUUCGAACGUCGAAUCGGGAGAAACCUGCGUGCGGGCCUCACAGGCGGCAGCGCCCCGCCCGCGCCCCUCCGAUCAUAUGUUCGGCGGCGAGGCGCUAACCGGCCGCUCACUGGCUCACUGCGAGUCGCGCACUCGCCGCCGUCGCAACGCACAGCACGCUCGCGCCCGAUCAGCUGCACGCGCGACACAGAGCCGC